UUGAGAGCUACAAAAAUACUCCUGACAAAAAUUUUGCCAUCUGCCUCAGAUUCUGAGAUAUUCAUCAAAAACCGGCCAAUAGUUGAAACGGAUUAAAACCGUUUCAUCGCUUCGCUAAGCAUCAUUCGAUUUUACGAUAUCUCAUCGCUGCUUUUUGAUCUUGCAUAUUUUUUUCUAUUUUCAGAAGCCAUAGAUCAUGCCAUCAUAUCACUGCUUCCUCCUCUUUGAUUAGAGUUCUGGCAUACAGUGCGAUACUUUGUAGCAUUAUCAUGUCUGAAAUUGUCAUUAAUAUGGGGGAGAUAGUGAAGAUGUUUCUCACAGCGCAGUCUAUGUACUACAUUUCCGAAAAUAUAAUACUUUAUCGUUCGAGCUUUGCACUGAGAAUUUUUCUUCUUUAAAUCUAUUUAUCGUCUCCCUCAUUUCUUAUCAACCCUAUAUUUACGCGGGACAAGUAUGGCCAUCAGCAGUGGAGAUCGUCUGCUGGUGGUACACAGACGAUCCUCUUAUUAUCCAAGAUGAAUCUGUACAAAGAAUCGGUCCUCUUGUUGUUACUGUCACUAUUGCUUUUUGUGAGUAGUGAAUUACGAGUUCAUAAAAGUGAAGAAGUUCCUUCAUGUGAAGACGAAGAAGAUGGUCUUGGUAUUCACAUCAAUCUCACUAAAGUGGAAAUAACAAAAAUCAGAGCCGACUUUCUGACGAGCUCCCUCGUUACGUGUCUCACCUUGAAAGAUAAUUCCAUAUUGGAAAUUGAUGAAGAAGCAUUCAGAGGAUUGCCAAAUUUGCACUACCUUAACUUGGCUGGAAAUAAAAUUCCGCAAAACAAAUUUGACUAUGACUGGUCAACUAUCAAAACGUUAGUACUGGAUUUCGCUAUUGCCGCGUGUGAAAACAAUAACGGUUAUAGGAAUGAAGAGUGCUAUCGAAAUGGAUGGAUCCCCCAGCCGAAGUACAAUAACUUGCGUUUUCCAAUACUUUCAAAAUUACCAAGUUUAGAAAAAUUGUAUCUCCGUAAUAAUGGCCUCCAGUCGCUGACCUGGAAUCGACGUAUGGCAAACCUCACUCAUCUGUACUUAGAUGAAAAUAGAAUCAAUCUCAGUGAUCUCAUCGCAUUCAUUCCGCCCACAUUAACCCAUCUCUCUCUUUCUCGUAAUCUCAUCCAACUGUUCGCACAUUCUCCGAUAUUACUCCAAUUGGAGGAAUUAACAUUGGAUGGCAAUAAUAUUCGGGUGCUGUGUUAUGAUUACAACUGUUUCGAACCAAACCCGCAACUGCCACAAGAUCCGGAGGAACCUACAAAGUUGCCAUGGGAAGAAUCCGAUGCUGACAGGGUAAAAGUUGGAAGUUACAUAGACCUGAGAGGUGCCACAAAGUUGAGAAAAUUAUCGAUGGCAUCGAAUGAAUUAAUGGUGAUUCGUGACGGUGCUUUCACGGAUCUGAAGAGCUUGCAAUACCUGGACCUCUCCAGUAACUCUUUCCGAUACAUUCAGCCGGAGGCCUUCAGAAGUGCGGAGAAUCUAACAACUUUAUUACUGAGUAAUAAUACACUGAAACACGUGCCAAAUUUCGCUCACUUGGAGAGUUUGGAGAUGUUGAUGUUGGAUGGGAAUGAAAUAACUGCUGUAGAAUCAGCUCCAUUUUUGAACCUCACAAUGCUGCAAAUCUUGAGUUUGGCGAAGAACUCGAUCAAUCAAAUUGAUCCGAUGCUUUUGGAGGCGCUCCCUCUGCUGUAUGAACUGGAUUUAUCAGGGAAUCGACUGACGACUCUUCCAGGGAACUGGAUGUCACCUGAGACCGCUCUCCGUCGUUUGCAUUUGGAUAGUAAUUUAUUCACGAAUAUCGAGAAUAUGGCUCUGAGGAAUGUUACCGAUUUGGAGUACCUGAACAUCGCGGGAAACCCGUUUCAACUCUUAUCAGUCAAGUCCCUGAUACAGUUACCGGAAAAUACUGUCAUCAAUGCUGAAGUUGUUUCUUUUAACGGAGACAGGGUUCGAUGUUCUGCUAGCGGUGUCUAGUUCAAGUUUACGGGUGCGUUGACAUUUAAUCUAGUACUGAUAGCUGACGAGUACAUAAUCAACACUCAUUCUUAUGUCACAGAUAACUUGUGGACGGAAUUCAUAAUCAUAAUAAAAGAAUUAAUUGUAAUGAAAAAUAUGAAAAUUUUUAGCUGUAGAAUUGUUCAAUUUCUAUAACUGUGGGAAUAAAUUAAAUUGAUGAAUGCAAAUUCUUUGGUAAUCCAUCGCCAAGAUAUUUUUAUAUUCAAUUCCAACUCCAUAUAGUAUUUCUUCCCUCAUACGUGCGUCUAAUUUUGAUGAUCAAGUAUAAAAAUGCACGAUUCAUGUAGAAGAAAUAUUUUUCCUUUAACACAUUCAGCCUGAGGCCUCCACUUCAUAAUUUAUUCGCGAAUAUCGAAAAUAUGGCUCUGAGGAAUGUCACCGAUUUGGAGUGCCUGAACAUCGCGGGAAACCCGUUUCAACUCUUAUCAGUCAAGUCCCUGAUACAGUUGCCGGAAAAUACUGUCAUCAAUGCUGAAGUUGUUUCCUUUAACGGAGAUAGGGUUGGAUGUUCAGCUAGCGGUGUCUAGUUUAAGUUUACGGGAGCGUUGACAUUUAAUCUAGUACUGAUAGCUGACGAGUACAUAAUCAACACUCAUUCUUAUGUCACAGAUAACUCAACUUGUGGAUGGAAUUUAUAAUCAUAAUAAGAGAAUUAAUUGUAAUGAAGAAAAUGAAAAUUUUUAGCUGUAGAAUUAUUCAAUUUCUAUAACUGUGGGAAUAAAUUAAAUUGAU